CGGCCCCCGCCCUCCGCUGCCAGCGCCGCCCCCGCUGCGGCGGGCGAGGGGCGGGCCGGGGCAAGGCGUAUAUAAGGCGAGGGGCGGGCGCCGCUCUUUUGUCUCUUGCUGCAGCGACGCGAGUGGGAUCUCCAGGAACCGGGAACCGGAGCGAGACGCCGCGGGUUUAAGAAAAUGGCAGACAAGCCGGACAUGGGGGAGAUCGCCAGCUUCGAUAAGGCCAAGCUGAAGAAGACGGAGACGCAGGAGAAGAACACCCUGCCGACCAAAGAGACCAUUGAGCAGGAGAAACGGAGUGAAAUUUCCUAAGAGCUUGGAGGAGUCCCCACCCCCGUCAUCUUGGAGACCCCAAGUCGUGAUGUGGAAGAUGACCCACCUGCAAGAUGGACGCGAGCCACAAGCUGCACUG